AUGUGGGCCGGCGUCCUGGGCUGGUGGAUGCUGGUGCCGCUGCUGGUGCCGGCGGUGCCCGGGGCUGCAGGUGCCCGGCCCUGCAGCCCCAAGUACUUCGGGCGCGACUCCAUGGUGUGCGUGUGCAGCGCCACGUACUGCGACGCGCUGGACCCCCUGGCGCUGCCGGCCCCCGGCGCCUACGUCAAGUACGAGAGCAGCAAGGCCGGCAAGCGGCUGGAGCGCAGCGAGGGGAGCUUCCGCCGCGGCCUCCCCGCACCAGGGCUGCUGCUGACGCUCAACGCCUCCGAGCUCUACCAGCGCGUGAAGGGCUUCGGCGGGGCGCUCUCGGACGCGGCCGUCCUGAACAUGCUGGCGCUGUCGCCGCCGGCGCAGGACAAGCUGCUCCAGUCCUACUUCUCGGAGGCAGGGAUCGAGUACAACCUGGUCCGGCUGCCCAUGGCCUGCAGCGACUUCUCCGAGCGCCCCUACAGCUACGACGACAUUCCCCACGACUACGAGCUGCGGCACUUCAAGCUGGCGGAGGAGGACACGAGGAUGAAGAUCCCCAUCCUGCACCGGGCCAUGGCCAUGAGCAAGCGGCCGCUGUCGCUCUACGCCAGCCCCUGGACCGCGCCGGCCUGGAUGAAGAGCAACGGGGACGUCCGCGGGAAGGGCACCCUCAAGGGGCAGGCAGGGGACAAGUACCACCAGACCUGGGCCAACUACUUCGUCAAGUUCCUGGACGAGUACGCCAAGCGCAACGUGACCUUCUGGGCCGUGACGGCGCAGAACGAGCCCCUGGCGGCCCUGCUGGCCCCCGCUGAGUUCCCCACGCUCGUCUUCACCGCCGCGCAGCAGCGGGACUUCAUCUUCCACGACCUGGGCCCGGCGCUGGCCCAGAGCGCCCACCGCACCCGGAUCAUCAUCCUGGACGACCAGCGCAGCCACCUGCCCACCUGGGCCCAAGUGGUCCUGGGCAAUGCCAGCGCCGCCCGCUAUGUCGCUGGCAUCGGGGUUCACUGGUACCUGGACGCCCUCGUCCCGGCCCGCUGCAGCCUGGAGGCCACCCACCGGCUCUUCCCCCGGCAGCUGCUGCUCUACACGGAGGCCUGCAGUGGCUUCCUCACCACGCGCUUUGCCGUGGCCCUGGGCUGCUGGGAGCGCGGCGUCCGCUACAGCCGCAGCAUCCUCACGGUCCUGAACCACUUCGUGGCUGGCUGGACCGACUGGAACCUGGCGCUGGACCUGCAGGGGGGCCCCAACUGGAUCAGGAACUACGUGGACAGCCCCAUCAUUGUAGACCGCGGCAAGGACGUCUUCUACAAGCAGCCCAUGUUCUACCACCUGGGGCACUUCAGCAAGUUCAUCCCUGAGGGCUCCCGGCGCGUGGGCUUGGCCAGCAGCCGCAAGUGCCUGCUCUGCGGCCUGGAGCACGUGGCCCUCCUGCGCCCCGACGGCGCCGCCGUCCUCGUGGUCCUCAAUAGGUUUCCCUGGGACACGCCGUUCGGGAUCUCAGACCCCGCCGUCGGUGUCAUCGAGGCUGUGGCCCCGGCCAACUCCAUCCAGACCUACCUGUGGCGGCGGCAGUGA